GGUCCGAACAUAGUUUUCGGAGAAAUUUUUCGAUCUUUUUUUGGAUUUUUUUUUUUCAAUUAUGCUGACCUUGAGUGAUUGUGUGAGUAAAGUGUAUAAUGAGAGUGGGGGAAAGGAGGGAGGAUAAUCUAAAGAAGUUUGUAUAGGUUAAUGUAACCCUUCUCUUCAUCAUCUAUAUUUAGACAUGUCUGGAUCCAAUCGUUUGUACAGCAAGGGUCGUGUUUUGGGUUAUGAACGUGCUAAGCGUAACCAAAACCCUAACGUUUCUUUGAUCCAAAUUGAAGGUGUCAAGACUACUAAGGAUGCUCAAUUCUACCUUGGUAAGCGUGUUGCCUACGUUUACCGUGCUCAACGUGAAGUCAAUGGUUCCAAGAUUCGUGUCAUUUGGGGACGUAUCGCUCGUGCUCAUGGUACUAACGGUGUUGUUAAGGCUCGUUUCCGUAAAAACUUGCCUCCUAAGGUCUUUGGUGCCUCCGUUCGUGUUAUGCUUUAUCCUUCCAACAUCUAAACUUUGUUUAGAUAAUUAAUUCAAUGUAUAAUAAAGCAACCACACACAUAUAUAUUUAUAUAUAGCCAUGAAGAAAGGAACUCGUAUCAAUGUUGUAUAAUAGUUAUUACUGUAUAUUAGGAAAUCAGAAAAAAAAAAGGGUCUAAAGAGAGAAGGUUAUAAGCAUGACAUGUAUGUUAAUAUUAAAGAGUGUAAGGAAAUAAGGAACAUAUUUUUUUGAGCAUAAAUUACGCCCAUCAACAAUUUCAAAAAUUACUUUGUAAAAAUAAACACAAAGUAUAUGAAUUAACCGACUAGAUUGUCGAAAAUCAAAGAUAUUACUUUGUCC